AUGGAAGAUUUUUUAUUAAGGGCUGGAGCCCUUUCUGAAACUGCAGAAACUCUGCAAUUAAAUGAACAAGAUGCAGAUAAAAUCCUGUGGCCUAACACUACUACUGAAUUGGCACAUACAGACUCUAUUAGAGAUUUAUACAAUGAUUUAACUAAACUGAAGAGACGAGAGACAGACUUAGAUUUGCACGGCAUUUUUAUUUCUGAUUACUAUCGGGCUAAACGGAUUCCCAGAGGUUUCAGAGUCCGUAAUUCACCCACGAUUGGACGUCAAAAUCCAGAAUUUUGUAAAAAAUGGACUGGGAUUGCAAACAAAUGUUCAUUGGACUGGAUGCUGAUAGUAGUCGAGGAAGUGCGCAAUGAAUUAAUUUUCACCAAGGAAUCCAUCAAUAAGUUUGAAGUAUUACAUACUUCUAUCCUCACAGCUGCCACUUCUACCCAAUAUAUGGUUAAACUACAGGACGAAAUCACCAGAUAUAGAAAUGAUUUGAUCAGAUUUAAAAAACAAAAACUAGAACGUGUCAAUUUUGAUUAUACUCAUCACCAGGUUUACCACUGGUUAUGUGGGGAGCGACGCAAACCUAAUUUUUCUAGAUAUAAACAGAAGGUUCGCAAACCUCAGUUCCUUUCAAUUGACACGAGCUCUGCUGACUCUACCUCGGAAACUGAAGGGAUGGGAGCAUCUCAAAAUGCACAAGAAUUACUACCUGGUCAUUCUACAAGACCCCCUUUUUUUCCCCAAGACCAACAUACCAACGACCCUCCGGGGUUCAACACAAGGAGAAGAAGAGAUCUAAGAGACCUACAAUCACCAGACGUGGGCAGAGGGGCAAAAAAUACAGGUACUCGUCCCAAGCCAUCGAACAGGAGAACCUGA